AUGGCGGCGCGAAACCUCCUGCGGCGUGCGGCGUACGCGGCGGCGUGCGGCCACCGGUUCCCCGUCCCCGUUCCCUCAGGCGCCCUUGCUGGUUCUGGAAGCCGGAGCAUCGGCGCCGCCGCUCAGGGCCUUCGUCAUUACGCGGCCCCAUCCACUGUGGAGGAAGCAGUGGGAAACUUGGAAUUGCAUGUACCCAAGGCAAACCGUCGGUCAAAUAUCCCAAAGAAAAAUGGGACAGCCAUGAUGCUUCCACUCCAUUUCCAUUACGAAGAUGUACUACGUCAGGAUCUGUUGCUCAAACAGAAUCAUGCCAAUAUCAUGCAAGUUCCAGGGUUGUUUGAGAUCAAACUAGCACCAAAAGUAGGCUCCGAUCUCAAGAUCCCAAUUGGAAAAAUGGCUAUGGAGGUUUUGAGCGGUCAGAGGUUCAAAGAGGCAAAGAGUGACCCUUUUGCUAAAGCAAGAAAGUCUUCUCGAACCAAUCCAUUUAUCGGGGCUGACAAGGACAGUAGCACCGCCUUUGCUCAACCGACUGUUCUCCGAGGACAUGAAAUGUACAACUUUUUGGUUAGGAUGCUGACAGUGAUGUCCAUGUUAGACUCUCGGGCCGAAAUUCGGGAAAACACUAUAAAGUUCUUCAUGGAAACGGAGUUCUGCGAGUUCUCUCCAGAAUUGGAAGACCAUUUUGAGAUCUUUGAGCACAUCCGAGGUUUCAAUGUGACUAUCGUUACUUCAGCCGAUACAAAGGAUGAGACCUCGCUACUGUGGAGUGGUUUCAUGCUUAAUGAUGAGGGAGAGACUAAGUAA